AUGGCUUGUCACACCGUUGAUUUUCACGAAGCUGAACGAGCUACACAAUCGAUUUGUCUUGAAACAUCCACUGAAUAUCAACCUCUAACACUUACUCAAGACAAUCGAGGACGAUGUGUUUAUUUACCUAUCUUUCCUACAAAAGAUAUGGAUCCACACAAAUGUCUUCUCCUGACCAAUGUACCAAUGAAUCGUCUGGGUCCUUAUCAAAGACUUCGACGUGAACAUUCUGCAUAUUCAUCGGAGUCAUUGACUUUGAUGGAAAAUUACAAUUAUGCAGGUCUCUUUAGUUUGACGAAGGAAGAUAUCAGCGAAUUAUCUCAACGCUUACGUGUACCGAAAUCUCUACUCGUUUUCAAUGCACAACGAUUACGUAGUAUUUGUUAUACUUUACUUGCUAUCUAUGAAGCAUUUCGGUAUCUUGUCUUCCAUGAUGAUAAUCAUGCCUUUCAAAAUCAAAAUUUCAACACUCAACAAAUGUCUUUUGCAUUGGAAUUCUUUCUUCAGAUCGAUGGUCAAAAUUAUCGAGAAGUAACAGCAGCAUUACAUUCAGUUAUGGAUUGUAUUAGUCAACAACAAAAGCAACAACAACAUCAUAUGGUCAGUUUGCUUUCACCAACAACAGGCCUGUCGAGACAACCGAUUGUAAUGGCACCGACAACACCUGUUAUAGUGAUUUCAACUGAUAGACAUCCGAGCACACCAGAAGGAUACAAAUCGAUUGGAACGAUGCCAAUGACUCCAGCAGGAGUGAAAUCAACUGCUACGGAUCCUAUGACACCGAUUGGGAUGAAAUCCACUAGUACUAUGCCAUCGACACCACCAGUCAUGAAAUCUGUCAGUACUUCGGUUGAAACUCCGAUGAAGAUAUCGAUUGGAAUUAUGUCGCAUAUCCCAACCAAAGUGUCUAAGAGUACAAUGCCGAAAACACCACAAAAGGACUGA